AUGGCACAACCGACAUCUCGAUUCCACGCCAAAGGCACCCACGCCAGCGUGACCGAGCUCAUCGGCCAGACUCCUCUCGUCAAACUCCAGAAGAUUCCUCAAUCCUUAGGUAUCGAAGCCACUGUCUAUGCGAAAUGCGAGUUCUUCAAUGCCGGUGGGAGUGUCAAGGAUCGAAUUGCUCUACGCAUGAUUGAACAAGCCGAGAAGUCUGGCCGCAUAAAGCCCGGCGAUACUCUGAUCGAGCCCACAAGUGGAAAUACCGGAAUCGGUCUUGCUCUCGUGGCAUCUGUCAAGGGCUACAAAACCAUCAUCACCCUCCCAGAAAAGAUGUCCGCCGAGAAAGUUGCUGUCCUCAAAGCCUUGAAUGCAACCAUCAUUCGUACGCCGACACAAGCCGCCUUCGAUAGUCCCGAAUCGCACAUCGGCGUUGCAAAACGUCUGGAGAAGGAAAUUCCCAACGCACAUAUUCUCGAUCAAUACGGAAAUCCAGAUAAUCCGUUGGCCCACGAACUCGGAACCGCCCAAGAAAUAUGGGAACAGACCGAAGGACACAUUACAGCGAUCGUUGCAGGCGCGGGGACAGGCGGCACAAUAACCGGACUGGCUCGAGGGCUGCACAAGCACAACAAGGCCAUCAAGGUCAUUGCUGCUGACCCGCAAGGCUCAAUUCUCGCCCUUCCCUCCCAACUCAACGAUGAAUUCAAGGAUCAACCAUACAAAGUGGAGGGGAUCGGGUACGACUUCAUUCCCGAUGUACUGGACCAAAAAGCUGUCGACAAAUGGUACAAGACCGACGAUCGGGACUCCUUCCACUAUGCCCGCCGUCUGAUUGCCGAGGAAGGCUUGCUGGCUGGAGGUAGCAGUGGCUCUGCGAUGGCCGGCCUGGUUGCAGCACAUCGAGAAACCCCCUUCACCAAGGACGAUGUCGUGGUAGUGGUCCUCCCCGACAGCAUCCGCUCCUACCUCAGCAAAUUCAUCGACGACGACUGGCUGGCAGCCAACGACCUCCUCCCACCAACACCACCCUCCGAGUCCGUGGAAAGUCCCCGCCUCUCCCGCAGCCGUACCGACUCAUUGCGACAGAAUGACCAGUUCCGCGGUGCCCGCGUCAAGGACCUCCGCCUCAAACCGGUCUCCACCGUGACAAGCGACUCGACCUGCAGCUCCGCCAUCGAAGUGAUGCGCGAGAAGGGCUUCGACCAGCUGCCCGUGCUGGCACCCCGCGGCCGACGCCUCGUCGGGCUCGUCACGCUCGGCAAUCUUCUCAGCCGGAUCUCGCACGGCCGCGCCACAGGCAAGUCGCCUGUUGCGGACGUCAUGUUCGACUUCACGCAGAUCAGCGAGGUCAUCACCGACCCGCGCCACAUCGGCGAUAUUACCGGCGCGGCGAAGCUGUCUGACCGCACCAACGGCAAUACCGGCGACGAAGACCACCAGCAUGCCAAAGCCCGCCAGUUCGUCGAGAUUACCGUCGACACGCCACUUAGUGCUCUGAACCGCUUCUUCGAGUGGCAGAGCGCCGCCAUCGUCACGGAACGUGACUUGAGUUCGAGUGAGAGCUCUGGAAAAGGCGGUGCGCUGAAACCCGUCGGCGUUGUUACCAAGGUCGAUCUGCUUACUUGGUUGCUUACCGAGCACAAGAUACGUUAG